UAUGCGUAUGUGUAUGUGUAUGUAGUGUAUGCGUAUGUGUUGCCUCCGAGUUUCUCAGUUGAUUCGCGAAAUUGAGAAUAGAAAGAUGGUGCUCGGUAAAUUGUAAGCGUGAAAAAAAUAAGUAAAUAUAUAUAAAUACACCAUAAAAAGAAAUAUAUAUUCUGGCGAAAAAAUUGGCUAAAGCAAAUCUCCAGUUAAUAUAGUUUUUGUUGGCCAACGACAAAAGCAACAAAUCAGAAUGCAUCCCUCACCGAUGCACUACUCAACGAUGAGGCCACAGGCGCCGGCGUCUAUGGUACACGAUCCGAAAAAGGAUGAGCUGCGCACUGCUCCCUGGUAUUGGGGCAGCAUAACGCGCGAGCAGGCAAAAAACAUAUUGUUCGGCAAGCCCGAUGGCAGUUUUUUGGUACGCGAUGCGCAGGCAAAGAAGGGCGAAUACACGUUAACCCUGAUGAAGGAUGGCAACGAAAAACUGAUCAAGAUCUGUCGAUUAAAGAAUAACAAGUAUGGCUUUGUGGAUAACUUUCAGUUUGCCAACGUAGUCGAUAUGAUCAACUAUUAUAUGAGCAACUCCCUGAAGAUCUACAAUAAGACGCUAGACAUAACGCUGAGCAAUCCGAUAAUAUGCCCCUACUACGAUGAUUCGCAGCCACAGGGUGAUCUACGCUUGUGGAGCGACGAAUUUAUACGCUGCUCGCAACUGUUGUUGCAACAGGAACAGGCACUCGAUCAGAAGAAGACCUCUUUCAAUGCGAUUAGGGAGGAGUUGGCCGAAAAGCAAUUGCAUCAGAGUGUUUUUGGUAAUGCGGACACAAUGUUUCGCAGUCAAAUCACAUUGAUUGAAUCGUUCAUAAAUACGGGCGUUGUACCACCGGGUGGAGCACCGCCGGGUGCACCAAAUGCCACGGCUGCACAAUGUUCGCGUCAGGAGGUGCAACAACAUAUGCGCGACAAUUUGAAGCACAUGACUGAUCAUCUGCAUGUGAUGCAUGUGAAAAUGGAGCGACUCAAUCAGGAGAUUAAAUCCCUGAAGGAGGAGCAACAGUUGUUGGAGCGUCAAAUCAAUGCCACAAAGCCGGAGUUGCAGCAAUUGCAAUUGUGCAAGGACAAACACAUUGAGCGCCUGAAAGGCUGUAAUCUCACCGAUGAGGAUCUGAACGUAAUACUGGAGGUGGGCUUCGAUAAAUGGCAGCACAAUUUCGAGAAGGCCUCCAAUCAGCCGCAUCGCGACGAAUCGCUCUGGUUCAUCAAGGAUGCCAAGCGUCAUGAUGCCGCCGAGUUGCUGAAGGGUGCACCCACCGGAACAUUCCUGAUCCGGGCACGCGAUGCUGGCCACUAUGCGCUCUCCAUUGCCUGCAAGGGUGGCAUUCAUCAUUGCAUCAUCUUUCAGACGGAGAGCGGUUUGGGUUUCGCUGCACCCUACAACAUUUAUCCGACGCUCAAGCAUCUUGUGGAGCAUUAUGCCAGCAAUUCGCUGGAGGAACACAAUGAUACGCUGACAACAGUGAUGAGGAUUCCCGUGCUCUUUUGGACACAAAACAAACAGCAUAUAUUGGAGCAAAUGCAGGAGGAUCUGGAAUUGGAGCAGCUGGAAAUGGAGCAGGAAAGAGAACGUGCCGAACAGGAGGCGGCAGCGCUGAUGCCACCGCCAGCACCAACAUCCACAACAGCAACAUCAUCAUCGACGACGACGACAAGUGCACCAAUACCCACGACAAGAUCAAGGGAGCAUACCAGUCACGAUACCGUCGAUGCAUCAUCGUUGGUCAGCAGUGAAACGGAAACGCCACCAGCUUCCAUAUCGCCAUCAAAUUUUAGCACAUCUCUAUAGAUGCGAACACGAAUCCAAUCUCCAUCUCCAUCAGGCCUGCUGCUGCUCCACCAACUCCUGUCCUGUCAUGUCCUGUCUUGUAUUGUCUGUCCCAGCCUAGCUAUCUCUCAUAGGAAUCCCCCCCGCCCCUCUAAUGCUAUCUCUCUUAACUAUUAUAUACAUAUAUCUAUAUAUUUAUAUUUAAUAACAAGAAACGAAAUAAUUUUUUCGCUCGGAGAAACAGUUCAACUGUGUUAAAAAAAGAGAACCGACGCAAAAACUGCAAACGAAACAGAAACAAGUAAUUUUGGUGAUCAUGUUGAUGUUGUUUAUUAUACACACAUACAUAUAUAUAUAUAUAUAUAUAUA